UGGUUCCUGGGCUAAUAAGACACAGACUACAAUGCUAUUGGUAGGUCAAGGAGUACAAACAACGGGCCUCUCUUUUUGUUCAUCUGACUGGGUCUUGCAAAAAGGCAAUCUUGGAGUGCAUUCUCAAUCCUUCCAGAAUCGAGAUCGGCCACACCGUUGGGUCCAUAUAACCAAGCUUGUUCCUGUGUUGUACUGUGAAGGCUGGCCGAUCUUCCAGAUCGUUUCACUCAGAAGUCUGACAUUGUAUUAAUAUAUUCCCAUCUCACUUUACCCCGCGCCUUCUCUUUAACCAAAGUGGUCGUCUGGCCAGUCUCUGCCAACAACCAACCCUCCGUCAUUCCUCCCAUAGAAAGGCUUACGCCCGCAGUUUGUGAAUUUCUCUAUUUUGCAGUCUCCAACACACAAACGACACAAUGUCGGCCGACGAAACAAACAAGCCAGCGCGCCCCCGCGUCUUCUUUGACAUCUCAAUCGACGACAAGCCCGCCGGGCGCAUCGUCUUUGAGCUCUUCAGCGAUGUGGUCCCAAAGACGGCCGAGAACUUCCGCGCCCUGUGUACGGGCGAGAAGGGGAUUGGAAAGAGCGGCAAGCCCCUUCACUACAAGGGCUCCAGCUUUCACCGUGUGAUCAAGCAGUUCAUGAUCCAGGGUGGUGACUUUACGGCGGGCAACGGUACCGGCGGCGAGUCCAUCUACGGCGAGAAGUUUGACGACGAGAACUUUGAGUUGAUCCAUGACCGCCCCUUCCUCCUCAGCAUGGCAAAUGCUGGUCCUGGCACCAACGGUUCCCAGUUCUUCGUGACUACGGUUCCAACCCCACAUCUCGACAAGAAGCACGUCGUAUUCGGCCAGGUCCUGUCCGGCAAGUCGGUUGUGCGCCAGGUCGAGAAUCUCACCACGCACGCCGGUGACAAGCCCGUCAAGUCUGCGACGAUCGCUGACUGCGGUGAGCUGCCCGCCGACGCCGUCGUAGGAGACGCGGCCAAGGAGGCGGACAAGUACGGCGACAAGUACGAAGACUUCCCUGAGGACGAUGAGGGUGGCCCCCUGGACGUUGCCCGUGUCACCACCAUUGCCUCGGACUGCAAGACGUACGGCAACAGCGCCUUCAAGGUUGGCGACCACGCCACCGCGCUGACCAAGUAUCAAAAGGGCCUCCGGUACCUCAACGAGGAGCCCGAGCGCGACCAGGAGAACAUCCCCGCCGACGUCAAGGAGAAGCUGGCCGCUUUGCGAUUCACCCUGAACAACAACGCCGCACUCAUGAACCUCAAACUCGAGUCGUGGGAGGACGCCAAGAACGCAGCCUCGUCCGCGCUGGCCGUCAAGUCGGCGUCCGACGCCGAUCGCGCCAAGGCCCUGUACCGACGUGGUCUCGCCUACAUCAGGCUGAAGGACGAGGACGCCGCCAUCAAGGACCUGGAGGAGGCCAAGAAGCUUGCUCCGGCAGAUGCUGCGGUCGCCAAGGAGCUUGAGCAGGUCAAGAAGGCCGCCGCGGCUCGUGCCGCCAAGGAGAAGGCUGCUUACAAGAAGUUCUUCUCGUAGAGGCACGAUUUCUAUACAGGAGAGACAGAUGGUCAAGGGUUUAUUUGAUUCCCUGUUUGGUCUUAGGAUCUUUCGUUAAAGAUUUCCAUGAUUUCUUUUGGGCGCAAGAAAAGCAAAGUAAUACGAAUCAGCUGGAGCACAAGGUGUUUUUGUUUACUGGUGGCUUCUUUUUUCAACUCUUUCUAUUUUUUAUUUAUUUUUCUCUUCAUUGGGUGGGCGUCUCGGUUACCGAUGCAUAAAACUAGGGAAUCAAAUACCAAAUGGCCAAAUUCCAAACCUCCCGUUGAUAUGUGCUCUUCUUUCUCUCAAGUAAGUUGUUUUGUUGCUUUGUUUAUACACGGCUUAAGAUGCUGUAUUAGCUGGCUCUUCUUUUCUCGGCUCCAAAAUGAUGUCCUUUUGAAUGCAACAAACAGGCUUCAUAAAUAUUCUGUUGUUCG